AAGAAAGAAAAAAGCAUGGGAGAGAGAGAGGAAGUGAAACUUUUGGGAACAUGGUACAGUCCGGUCGUGGCAAGAGCAAAGAUGCUUCGUCUCAAAUCGGUCGAUUACGAUUACUUUGAAGAAGAUCUGUUCGGAUCCAAGAGUGAGCUUCUUCUCAAAUCAAACCCGGUUCACAAGAAAGUCCCGGUACUCAUCCACAACAGCAAACCGAUUCUAGAGUCUCUCAAUAUCGUUGAAUACAUCGACGAGACGUGGAACUCAUCUCGACAGUCCAUUCUACCAUCCCAUCCUCGUGAUCGUGCCAUCGCUCGCUUCUGGUCUGCCUUCGUUGAUGACAAGUGGUUUCCAACGUUCAUUGCAACUACGAUCACCAAAUCAGAAAACGCCAAAGCGAAAGGCAUGGAGGAAGUGGAAGAAGGGUUGUUGCUACUCGAUGAUGCGUUUAUUUCUAUAAGCAAAGGGAAACGUUUUUUUGGCGGUGAAGUGAUCGGGUUUAUGGACAUUUGCCUCGGAAGCUUUUUGGUUAUCUUAAAAGCUAGAGAGAAGCUUAAAGGAGAAACUAUUUUAGACAAAUCAAAAACUCCUCUAUGUAAAUGGGCAAAUGAGUUCUUGUCUGAUGACUCAGUGAAGAAUGUGGUACCGGAGAUUGAAAGGAUUGUCAAGUUUAUGAGAGAGUUUGAAGCUGAAACUCAAACCAGGACUUGAAGAUCUUAAGAUCAUCUUAGAGAUGUAUUUGCAGUGCAAGUGUUAUGUAAGAAGAAAAUAAGGUGAAGUUUGAAGAGUUGUGUGAUACACUCUCAUGUAUGGUAGACUUUUCAUAUAUACAAUCUCAUGAUAUUGUUACACCCAUUUCAUCUUGUCUAGUGUCUACCGUAUUUCUCAAUUAACUCUCAUCAUCCAAUUCCAACACUUUAUUAAUACUUAAACGGGAAAUCGACCAAAAGAACA